CAAUCUGGUCCCAGACCUCAGCACUCAGGGCUGCACCACCUCUAUCUCCUCCAUCCUGUUUUUCCUACAGUCCUUCUGGACCUCACCAAUGCAACAGAGAAAGUCAUUGCUUCAGCAGUUGGCAUUAACGAUCUCCAGAAGGAUGCAUUUCACAUCACUGUGACAACAACUGCAACCUCUGAAAAACAGCCAGGAUUUCUCUCGGUCAGCAAGCUGGGCCUGAAGUGGGCCAUGAUGAGUCAAGGUCGAAUGAUGUGGUUAAAGGACACCACCACUCCGAAAAUCAGCCGUGGAGAAGUGAGGCGAUUUCUUGCCCGUCUGAAAUUUGUUGACUUUCCUCAGAAGCUCUAGCCUGGUGGUUCCUCAGAUUUUGGUUGGAUCUGUCAUCUGUAUGGAGAAUACAGGAAGCUGCUCUGCGGAUCUUCAGGAAAACUGCUACGUAGAGGGAAUGGGGGCUAAAAGCACUUUCCCUUUCUUUAGCUCUCUGGGGAAUGCUGCUGGAGGUAGGUUUGUCCUAAGCAGACCUGUCCUGCACCAGAGGAAACUUGUUCAGCAACUCCCCCUCCAUAUGUUCUUGCAUGCUUCCUUCCAGGUAACACAGAAAUGUGAAUUUAGGAUUUAUAGACAUAUAUAUAUAAAAACAGGCUUUAUAUAUAUAUGUGUUAAUUUAUACAAUAUAUGUAUAUUUUUUGUAUGUUUAAUUUAUGAAUGAGAUUUAGGACGCACCUUUUUAUGUCCAAUCAGUAUUCCCAGGCAGUCAAACAAGCUCUAGGCCUAGAGUGGGCCACGAUGAGUCAAGGCAAGUGGUGUGACUAAAGGACACGACCUGCUUUAAUCUUUAUAUUUUUGGAGAGAAGCCUCUGUGUCGCUCCUGCAGGGUUGGUCUUGUCUACAACUUCUCCUGUGCUCUCAGCCAUCUUCUCCAUACUGCUCCCAAACUCACAAUCAAGCUAGCUCUCUGGCUGAAUUACCUGAUAUAGAGAAAGAUGGUCCCCCACAGCAUUUCCCAGGUCUUGCACUUGUGU